AGACAAUGAAAUGUUCAAGUUAAACUAGCUGUCCGCCACUGCGUUGCAACUCUAGGCUCUAUACCUCUAUGCACCUUUUGUCGCUCUAGGCUCUUUCAUCUCUACUGAGGAAGCCGCUUCGGUAGCUGCUCUUUGACUUCUUGCGGCGGGAGUUCCUCCAGUCUCGCGAGAAGUGGUGUGUUUAGCAGCUUGGGCGGGUCGUUUGAAUACAUGCAUCUGCAAUAGAAGUUUUCAGGGCGUCUUUUGGAGAUGGAAGGAAAAAUGGAGAAAGGUCCAGAUUCACAAGGCGCAAGAAAGCAUGAUACGGCCUCUCUGGAUUUAAACGGUUUAUGCUCUUACUUCAAUGCGAAGAUUUCAGAUAUCAAAAAGUCUCUUCAGUUAAGAAAGAUAGACCAGGAGCCAGGAUUGAAGUCGGUGGUCAGUAAGAUAGUCCACGAGACGUUUCUCUUAAACAACCUCCUUGAUAAGCUGGAGCUGGAAUUACAACAUCAGGAGACCCAGCAGAGUCAACUCAAGCUUCAGGAAUCUAUAGAGAAGGACUACAAUGAAGCCCAGCAUCUCAGAGAAAACAUGCCUAUCCACCUGCCCAGAACAAUCCCAAGCAGCAUUGUGGACGUCUUGGUGAAGAAUGAACACAAAAGUGCUGAACCGGAAAAUACAAGGAAGCCUGCAAAAGAGCACAAGAAAAUUAAAGAAGUGUCCUUACUAAUGGCAGAGGAGUUUGAGAGCGUUCCUGCGUACAUGCGGGGUCGUCUAAGAUACGACCAAGUGAACACAUUUAUCGGAGAAAUUAACAAGGCCGUGGCAAGCAAGUACAGGAUCCUUCAACAGCCAACCAGAGCCUUGUCCAGAGCUGACAAGAAUCUCUACUUCAGGUUCCAGGAACAGGAAACGAAGGAAACAAAAGGUGAGUUCUUUAUCGUGGAGGCUGACAUUGAAGAGUUUACUGAUCUGAAGGCAGACAAACGUUUCCACAGCAUCCUGACCAUCUUGCGGCACUGCCAGAGAAUAAGAGAGAUCCGGGGCUCAAAACUUGUGCGCUACGCCAUCUGCUGAGCUGCUGUGAGACUGUCGGAGACUGGGAAGGUGUUAAGCUGCUUGACCAGCAAAUUGUGUCCCACCGCCUCUACUUCUGCUUUUUGGUUUAAGCCAUUUUGUUCUAUGUUAGUGGCAAAAUAGAAGCUUAAUGAGCUGAACCUUGAAUUACCCCCUAAUUUUGAAGCCAGAGUUUUGGAAUUGCUGAAAUAACAAUAAAGAGGUUUAACUGCUGGGUAA